AUGGCCAGGGCUGAGGCUGGCACCGGCACUGGACACGCUGUGGGCACCGCCAUUCCUCAGAGGUGGACCCUUGACCCCGCCGGGGACUGGCACUACUGGUGGAUCAGCCUCAUGGUGCUGCCCAUCCUCUACAACUGGGUCGUCCUCAUCCUCAGGUGCUGCUUCCCCGAGGUACAGGAGGCACAUGUGGGGCUGUGGCGGGGCCUGGACGGGCUCAGUGAUGCGCUGUACCUGCUGGACAUUGCCGUGCACCUCCACACAGGUUUUCUGGAGGAUGGGAUCCUGGUGCAGGACAUCAGCCGGACGCGGCGGCGCUACCUGUGCUCCUGGGCCUUCCCCUGGGACGUGGCAGCUGUGCUGCCCACCGAGCUGCUCUGCCUGCUCCCAGGGGUCCCGGGGGUCCCAGGGGUGCCGGCAGCACGUGCCAACCGCUGCCUGCGGGCGCCACGGCUCUUCGAGGCCUUUGACCGGUGUGAGACACGCACGGGGCGGCCCAACACCUUCCGCGUGGAGCUGAUGAUGUACCUGGUGCUGGGCAUCACUGGCACGGCUGCCCUCUACUUCGCGCUGUCGCGCGGCUGGGGCUGGGGCGCCGACCCCUGGGUGUGCCCUGCCUUCGCGCGAGCACCUCUGCGCCGAUACCUGCACAGUUUCUACUUCUCCACGCUGGUCCUGGCCAUGGUGGGCACACGCCGGUGCCCGCAGCGCGAGGAGGAGUUCCUCUUCACCAUUGGUUUCCUGCUGGCUGUGCUGGGCUGCACCAUCACCGGCAGCAUCAGCGCCGUCAUCGCCAACCUCAGCGCGGCCGACGCCGCCUUCUACCCCAACGCGGGGCCGGUGCGGCGGUACCUGCGGGCGCGGGGCGUGGGCGGGCGGCUGGCGAGGCGCGUGGCGCGCUGGCACCAGCACCUGCGCAUGCAGCGCAAGCUGCCGGCGGAGCGGGCGGUGCUGCAGCACCUGCCGCGGGGGCUGCGGGCCGAGGUGGCGGCCAGCGUGCACCUGCCGGCCCUGCGGCGCGUGGGGCUGUUCCACGGCUGGGGGUACGAGGUGCUGCGCCAGCUGGUGCUGCGCCUGCGCCCGCAGGUCUUCGGCCCCGGCGAGUUCGUGUGCCGGCGCGGCGACGUGGGCCGUGAGAUGUACUUCGUCCGCGAGGGCCGGCUGGCCGUGGUGGCCGAGGACGGCGUCACGCAGCUGGCCGUGCUGGGCGAGGGGCUCUACUUCGGGGAGAUCAGCCUCAUCAACAUCAAGGGGAACACAGCGGGGAACAGGCGCACGGCCAACAUCCUGAGCAUCGGCUACUCGGACCUGUUCUGCCUGGGCAAGGAGGACCUGGCCGAGGUGCUGGCCGAGUUCCCCCACGCCCGCGCCGCCAUGGAGGCCAAGGGCCGGGAGCUGCUGCUGGGCAUGGGUCGGCUGGACACGGGCGCUGAGGCAGCAGCGGCGGCAGCCGAGGCCGAGGCUGAGCAGCGGCUGCAGGGGCUGGAGGUGGCCCUGGAGGGGCUGCAGACACGGGCGGCUCGGCUGCUGGCACAGCUGGAGGCCAGUGCCCUGCGCAUGGCCCUGCGCAUCCAGCGCCUCGAGGGGCAGCUGCACCUGAGGCAGCAGCAGGACGAGGCAGCGGGGAUGGCUGGGGCAGCAGGAAUGGCCACACUGCAGUGGCCAGCCAGGACACGGGGUCCUGCUGUAGGACAGGAGCCCCCCAGGGCACGAGACAAGUGCAGGAAAUCCCCGGGGCUCGGGGUCCUGCGAGGGGUCGGGGUGCGGGGGGACCAGUCCCGCGGCACUGAGGGGUCACCUGGGGGGGCCACAGCAGCGAGACACCGACAGCUGCUGCCGCUGCGGAACGGGGACCGGGACGAGGAAGGGGCCGGGAAGAGAACGGGUCGAGGUCGGGGAGCGGUGGGAUCUGGGCUGGGAACGAGCCGAUACCGGAGUCGGAAGCAGCUCGGGACCCCCAGCCCGCCGGGCCGUCCCGGGGUCACUCGCGGGGACACGGUGACAGUCCCACGGUGA